CCAACCGCAUAGUUCUGCUCCAAGUUCAGGAUCAACAACGAAAGAGCACUCGAUAGACAUGGCAAAAAUCAUACGUUGGGGCAUCGCAUCGGCUGGAAAGAUCAGCGAGGAUUUUGUGAUUGCAUUGAGCACACUGCCUGCCAGCGAUCACAAGGUCCAGGCUGUGGCCGCUCGCGCUUUGGAUAGGGCACAGGAGUUUGCCAAGAAACAUGAAAUUCCGAGUGCUUAUGGCAGCUACGAGGAGUUGGCCAAGAGCAAAGAUGUCGAUAUCGUCUACAUUGGCACCCUUAAUCCCCAGCACUAUGAGGUCUCCCUGCUGAUGUUGAACAGUGGCAAGCAUGUUCUCUGCGAGAAGCCUCUGGCCAUGAACAAGAAGCAGGUGGAGGGCAUCCUGGCUGCCGCCAAGGCCAACAAACGCUUCUUCAUGGAGGGCGUAUGGUCACGUUUCUUCCCUGCCUACCAGCGUGUUCGUGAGGCGAUCUCUGGGGGACAAUUGGGCGAGGUUAAAGAGGUUGUGGUUAACUUUGGUUUCCCCCUAGGCAAUGUGGAUCGUUUGCAGAAACGCGAAUUGGGUGGAGGAGUGGUCUACGACCUGGGCGUGUAUACAAUUCAGGUUUCGCAGUGGGCCUUCCAGGAGAAGCCACUGAAAAUCGAAUCGAGUGGCACCACCAAUGCCGAGGGCAUUGAUGAUGAUGUGAGUUCCACUUUGACCUACACCGGUGGACGCACUGCACGCAUGCGAUUCUCCUCCAAGGUAAAACUGGACAACACCGCUGUGAUCAAGGGCACCAAGGGACAAGUGACGCUGAUUGAUUUUUGGUCCCCCAACAAACUGAUCGAUAUCGAUGGCAAGGAGAAGGAGUGGGUUCCGCCCAAGGGCAAAUAUCCAACAAAUUAUGGCAAUUCCGAGGCCAUGCGCUACGAGGCGGAGGCUGUCCGCCAGUCCAUACUCGCCGGCGAUGUGGAGAACAAGAACGUGAGCUAUGCUGACAGCCUGCUCAUUGUUGAGAUUCAGGAUACCAUUCGCAAGCAGAUCGGUGUGCUGAAUAAAUUCGAUGAGGAAUGAAUUUAUAGAUUGUAUUAACCCAUCAAAUAUAUUAAAUAUUUUUUUAAAUAAAUGAAAACACUUAAAUGUA